AUGGCUUCCGGUCUUUUCCCAGCGAAGGAUUUUGAUAGCAUUCCUCUCAUUGAUCUCUCUACAUUGAAGAGCACCAAUCUCGAUCAACGCCAGAAGCUUGCACAUCUUGUCUACGAGGCGUGUACCCAGGUCGGGUUCUUCUAUAUCAAGAAUCAUGGCAUCGCCGAAGACCUCAUCCAUUCUGUUCAUGAGGCUGCUCAGCAAUUCUUUUCCCUCCCAGAUGAACAGAAAAUGGAAUGCUUUAUGGGGAAGUCCAAGAAGUUCCACGGGUUCACCCCCAUGUUCGCUGAGCUGAAUACGGGUGCCGACGGUCUGGAUGACCCUGCCGAUCGAUCCUCCCAGGCAGGCUUCUCCGAAGGAUUCGAUAUUGGCUACGAAAUCUUAGGCGAUUCACAGAAGGCGGCUGAUGACUCUCUUCCCCCAGAUACUUAUGAGCUCUAUGGGGAUAACCAGUGGCCUCGUGAGGAUCUGCUUCCAGGCUUUCGAGAAACAUAUCUUCGAUACUAUGCCAAAGCGCUAGAACUCUCCCGAGACCUUAUGAUGAUCUUUGCGCUCGCACUGGAUUUGGAAGAAACUUUCUUCGAUGACAAGAUGGGAUACCCUGGAGCAAUGUCGAGGAUGAUGCACUAUCCGCCCAAGCCAGUGAACGGGGAGAUAAUGCCUGGGAUCGCAGCUCACACAGAUUAUGAGUGCUUGACUAUUCUAUCCCAAGGUCAUGUACCUGCGCUACAAGUCCUCAACAAAAGUGGAGAAUGGGUGCUUGCGCCGCCUAUUCCCGGGACAAUGGUGGUGAAUAUAGCGGACUGCUUGGCGAUCUGGACCAACCACCGAUUUAAAUCGACCAUCCAUCGCGUGAUUAAUCUGACAGGGGAAGAAAGAUACACCGUCCCAUUUCUCUUCGGCGUGGACCAUGAUGUAACGAUCUCGGUCUUGGAAAAUUGCAUCUCAGUUGAUCGACCGGCCUGUAAAGCGCCGUUCAAAGCAGGCGAGUUUGUGCGCCAAAGACUAACCCAA